AUGAAUGACGAAGAAGUAAUUUGGCGUAAGCUGCUCAUUGAUGGUGAUGGAAUCGGCGAUGAUAGACGCUUAAAUAUUUUGCUUAAAACAUAUUUAAAAUGGUGUAAUACUAAAUACACAGAUCCCGUCGAAAGUCAAAAGGCCAUGGAGAAGAUGUUGGUUCAUCUCAAUUUAUGUGAGCAUGCAAUGAAAAAAUCUCAAGCCGUUUCACGUAUGAAUGUAGAAGAAAUGCUAAUGUAUGACAAUAUGUCUAGUGAAAUUGAUCAUAACAUAACAAAUACAAAAACUGAGAUAGAUCGCGCAAAAGAAGAAUUAAAAAAAGCCAAAACCAUAAGACGAAAUCGAAUGGAAUAUGAUGUUUUAGCCAAGCUUAUUAUUCAACACCCCCCUAGAACUGAUACUGCUAAACGUCUUGAUGAUUUAAAAGAUGAACUUCAAGCAUUAAAAAUGACAAAAAAUGAAAUAAAUCAAAAACUAGAUAAGAGACGAAAACAACUGCACGUACUUAUGUCUGCAUUAAAUGACUUAACAGAUAGUUUAGAUGAUAAUGGUUCGAUGAGUGAAGAUAUGUCAUAUGAGACAUUUGAUGAUGAAGACCUUGAUAUAUUAACAAGAAAAGACGAUGUUGAGGAGCCAAUGUCUGAUUAA